GUAUAUUAAUGCAGAGACAGAGAGGACAGAUUCAAGUGCUUAGUCACGCAGCUGUCAUUCGAUAUUGCUAACCCACCCCUCAAUAUCUUCCUCUGUAGACAGCAAAUAAGAGUUUGCAGCUGUCGGAUCUUUCUCUCUCUCUAAAGGCCACCACUUUUUGCCCUUUCUUUUUAAUUUAACCAACCCAGACCAAUUUGUUGUCAAGAAACUCAUCAAGUAAUAAACAGCAUCAUAGACUGGCUGCAUCUAUCAUUUUCUUUGUCUAAAAUCUCUCGUAAUGAUUCUUAGUUGAUGAUUGAAUAUAGAGGCACGCACAUAGAGUAGAAGCGCAGACAAUAUAAUGAUGUGGAAGAGGAGAAGAGAAGAGAGGAAAAAAUUAGGAAGAGAAGAUAGUGAUAUGUGAGUGAUAUAUCAAGUGUUCAUGCAUGAACAAGGAUACCCAUUUUCCAUUUUGAUGAUCUGCAUGCCAUGGCUUAUCCGCAUUAUCGAUCUAAGUUUGGAGACACAACGUACACAAAAGUGUUCGUUGGGGGCUUAGCUUGGGAGACCCCUACUGAAGAAAUGCGUAGAUAUUUUGAGCAGUUUGGAGAGAUUCUUGAAGCAGUUAUCAUCACAGAUAAGAACACAGGAAAAUCUAAAGGAUAUGGAUUUGUUACUUUUCGUGAUCCUGAAUCGGCCAGAAGAGCUUGUGCUGAUCCAAACCCUGUGAUUGAUGGAAGAAGAGCAAAUUGCAAUAUUGCUUCUCUUGGACGGCCUAGACCUUCACCUCCCAGAGGAAGACCACAAGGUGGCACUCCUUACCAGGGAAGCCCAUCAUAUAGUGGAGUAGCAACGCCAUUUCCUCCUCCCCCACCUCCACCACCACCGCCGCCACUGCCGCCGCCACCUCCUGUUAUCUAUCCACCUUUCGGGUAUCCACCCUACACUCCUGACUAUGGGUACCACCAGGCUAUCUAUAACACACCAGUUCAACAGCCUCAAUACUAUCAUCAUCAAGUGUACGGAACAUCAUCAUCCGCCAUGGGCUCACCAUACUACUAUCAUGGCUACUCUUUGCAACCUCUAAGGGGAGCACGUUCUGCAUCCCAGCCUCAACGUUUACUAGGACCCUCCUAUUUAUACUAUCCUAGCAGUACUUUCGAUCCAUCCUUCUCAACGUAUCCUCCUCCAACUACUAUUCAACCCAUAACGCAUCCCUUUCCCUCCUCUACAGAUUUACAGCAGCCUCCACAGCAACCCACAACAGAAACAGAAGCUGGCGUGGUUACUUCGGAAAGUUCAAAUCCCUAGCUUAACCAAGAACUCAUCAUCAACAUAUACACAAUUCGGUCAAAUGCUCAAUUUGUAUAAUUUCCUUAACUUGGUGGUCUUCAUCUCUCUCCUAUAUUCUCAGCAUUUCCUAUAUAUCUGUCUUCACAGAGAGAAUUCAUUAAUCUUCAAUUCUCUUCCCCAGCUGCGGCAAGAAAAUUUUCAGACUAA